CGCAAUUCAGUUUCCUUAACAGACAAAAACGAAACAAAUGCUACCUGUUGUUUCUCCUACGCGUCUUUCGUGAAUUUUAUCUUCCAUUUUGUCAUAGUCACUUUGCCAUUCCCAUUCUCAUUUUCCUAAUUUCCACCCAAUUUUUCGUUCAUUAAUUAUUAUUAUUAUUAUUAUUAUUAUUCCAUACUUUCCUUGCCAUACAUUAUUAUACUACUACCAUAUUUUUCAUUAUUAGUAUUAUUUUCAUAACAAAGGAAAUUAAAAAUUAAAAAAUAAAAUAAAAAUAGAGUGCGUUCUUUGUUCAUUGAUCUUAUUCUUCAUCUUCUUCUUCCUUCCCAGGUCUAGAGAGAGAGGAAAUGCAAGCAAGAUCCUCUCUCUGUGUGACCAGGGAAUCAGAUCUUAUUCUUUUCAUUUUCACAAUUAUUUAAUUUCAACUCUUUUUCUCUCUGUGUGAUUUUUGUGGAAAAUGAGUUGUUUUUCUUGCUACGUUUCUCGUCGGAAAAAAGAUGUUAGCAGAGUCGAAGUUGAUAAUGGUUCUCGAUCUGCUUCUACUGCAGGGAAUGGAGGAACGAACGCAACCGAAAGGAAGAAAGAAUGUUUUUCAGAGGCAAAAGGGAAGAAUGCGAGAAAUGGCCAAAGCAGUACUCCGGCAGCUAGUUUCGGUUUUCGCGAACUAGCUGCAGCUACAAGGGGUUUUAAGGAAGCUAAUUUGAUUGGUGAAGGUGGUUUUGGAAGAGUUUAUAAAGGCCGGCUUUCAACCGGCGAGGUUGUUGCUGUAAAACAAUUAAGUCAUGAUGGUCGUCAAGGUUUUCAGGAAUUUGUGACAGAGGUUCUUAUGCUAAGUUUGCUACACCAUUCUAAUCUUGUUAAGUUAAUUGGCUACUGCACUGAUGGAGAUCAAAGGCUUUUGGUUUAUGAAUACAUGCCUAUGGGAUCUCUUGAAGAUCAUCUUUUUGAUCUUACCCAAGACAAAGAACCUCUAAGUUGGAGUUCUCGAAUGAAAAUUGCUGUUGGAGCAGCUCGAGGCCUUGAGUAUCUCCAUUGUAAAGCAGACCCGCCUGUUAUCUAUCGAGAUUUGAAAUCUGCGAACAUCUUAUUAGACAACGACUUCAACCCAAAACUGUCAGAUUUUGGGCUUGCUAAACUAGGACCUGUUGGAGACAACACUCAUGUUUCAACCAGAGUGAUGGGUACAUAUGGCUACUGUGCACCAGAAUAUGCGAUGAGUGGAAAAUUAACACUCAAAUCUGAUAUCUACAGCUUUGGUGUGGUUUUGUUGGAGUUGAUCACUGGACGUAGGGCAAUAGAUUCUAGUAAAAGACCAGGAGAGCAAAACCUAGUUUCAUGGUCUCGCCCAUAUUUCAGUGACCGGAGAAAGUUUGUACAUAUGGCUGACCCUCUUUUGCAAGGACUCUUCCCUGUCCGCUGUUUGCAUCAAGCAAUUGCUAUAACUGCUAUGUGUCUCCAGGAGCAACCAAAAUUCCGUCCACUCAUCGGUGAUAUUGUUGUUGCACUGGAAUACCUAGCUUCUCAGAAUAUCCCUGAAACCCAUAGACAUGGUGUGCGCAGCCCACAGCUGCAAUCACCUUCCAAAAUGGACAGAAAUUAAUUUUCAGAGGUAUUAGAUCUUAGCUUGAGUUCCAUUUCUGUCCAUGAUUUUGAGUACAUAUUUCCUUAUCAGCUUGAUCAAUGUAAGCAACCAACUGCCUAUUUUAAAUGUUAAAUAUUAUUGCUCUAGUUACAUUAUUGGCAUAGCCAUAGUGGAGAUAAACUUCUUAUUAUAUCAUAAACAUUCAUUCUUGUGGAUCUA